ACAGGCAAAGCGACUGGCAGGGAUGCAGUGGAAUGAGUUUGGAAUUUAACGUACUGGAGGAUAUAAGGAUCUCCCAAUUAACAACCAGGAAAUAUUUAAGGACUACUAGUGGAAGAGCAGUUUUUGAACGAGAAGCAAAAGAGUAAUAACAGAGCUGAUGUUGCGUAUGUGCAGCCUAAGAGGAUGUCAUCUUGCAUCUAAAACCACUGGAUGCUGAAGUGAAAGUAAAUCCAUUGUGCUUCCUGUUCCACAUCAUAUUAACAACUUGGUUUCCUUAUAAUUUUCUGCUCAUUACCUUUUUCAUUUUCCACAUUAUUUCUCCACAAGGAAAAACGGGAACUUACUUAAGUUUGGCAUUGCUCAUUUUCAAAAAGUAAAUAUAUAACCUGAUUCAUCAUAUUUAGAGCAUAGUCCUGCAAGGAAGGAUUGGAAUGGAAAGUACAAGUGUUGUUACUUGAAAACGAUCCACAAAGAAACACUGCAUAUAUUUACUCAGUCUUUUAUUGACAUGCUGAAACUAUGGAGGCUCUACACUGGCAAAAAACAGUGGAGGAUAAACUGAUAGAACUAUUAGAUCGUGCCAGGUUGGAAGUCCUACCAAGCUGUUUGAAACAUGUGGUCCACUGAGAGCAUGGAGCCAGAGAAAACACACACCCAGAGUAGCUUGUUGAGCAAGGUGGAUGUGCCAGACCAUGCUCACUAUAUUGUCGCUUUAUUUGUUUUUGUAAUCGGGGCACUAGGCAUCACCGGCAAUGCCCUGGUUAUGUUUGCAUUCUACAGCAACAAGAAGCUCCGUAACCUAGCUAACUACUUCAUCGUGAACUUGGCGAUUAGUGACUUCCUCAUGGCUUUCACACAGUCUCCAAUCUUCUUCAUCAACUGCCUCUACACGGAAUGGGUUUUUGGAGAAACGGGUUGUAAGGUAUAUGCAUUCUGUGGUGCCCUGUUUGGUAUUUCUUCCAUGAUAAACCUCCUGGCCAUCUCACUUGAACGUUAUCUAGUUAUCACCAAGCCCCUGCAGACUAUACACUGGAGCUCCAAACGAAGAACCACUCUUGCCAUCCUUCUGAUCUGGCUUUAUUCUUUUGCUUGGAGUCUGGCUCCACUGGUUGGAUGGAGCUCCUACAUCCCAGAGGGCCUGAUGACAUCUUGUACAUGGGAUUAUGUUACAUACACAACAGCCAAUAGGAGCUAUACAAUGAUGCUGUGCUGUUUUGUCUUCUUUAUUCCACUGGGGAUUAUCUCAUACUGCUAUCUUCAGAUGUUCAUGUCUAUAAGGAAGACCAGCAGGGAAGUAGAACGUUUGGGAACUCAGGUGAGAAAAUCCACUCUUAUCCAACAGAAGUCCAUAAGGAAUGAAUGGAAAUUGGCAAAGAUCGCCUUUGUUGUCAUUGUGGUGUACGUCCUCUCUUGGUCACCAUACGCCUGUGUCACACUGAUUUCCUGGGCUGGUCAUGCCAACAUCUUGUCACCAUACUCCAAGGCUGUCCCUGCAGUCAUAGCAAAGGCCUCCACUAUCUAUAAUCCUAUCAUCUAUGCCAUCAUACAUAACAAGUACAGGAUGACUCUGGCUGAGAAAUUUCCCUGCCUCUGGUUUCUGUCUCCCCCUACUCGGAAGGAAUGCAUCUCCUACUCCAUCAGUGAAUCAUCUUUCAGGGACUCCAUCAUCAGCAGACAGUCCACAGCUUCAAGGGCUCAUUUUAUUAAUGCCUCCCCCAACCACAUUGAUAUGGUAUUGAAGGAUGUGACGAUGGAACCUCUGGGAAGGAAAUCGAGUAAUUCCUUCAGACGCAUGUCAUCAUACAGCCAGUCUAACAGAUACAGGUCCUACAAAAAACAGUUUGAGCGAAAAGCAAUCAAUAUCAGCACACCAGAGAAGCAUCCAUCUAUUAUGAGUGAUCCAGUGGGCACCCGUGACCACGAGCUGGUUUCCAGUUCUCUGACCAUUGCCACACUCCCUCUACUGGUUCUUACCAGGAGGCGCAGCGAGAGUCUGACUAAUGAAACCUCAGAUGCAUGUGAUGAGAGAAAGAACAUCCGUGACAGGCUUAAAAGCCACAAGAGCAACUCUUUUGAUUCCUUGAAUUUUGGAAAAAUACAAUCUACUGAAACCAAAUCCCCCCAGGCUGUUCCACGGAUUAUUGUCAUCAGUCCCACAAGUGAAAGCAGCCUCAUCAGCCAUGACGGUGUUCGCUUAGAAGACAGUAUCGAGGAAAUGGAGAACAGUGUUUUUGUUAGCUUAAACUUCUCAUCAGAAGUCUUUGAGGCAGUGAAACUGCUUUCUUGACCAACUGUAAGCUUAAUUAUUUAAUUUUUUUUUGCACUUUUAACACAUCAACUAGACAGAGUUUAAUCAUAUUUUUCAUCCUGUUGACUCCUCCUGAAAACCCAAGUUACACCUCUCUAUUCUUUAGAGACUGAAGAGUAUAAAAAAGGCAAUGGUGUAAAUGAAACAGCAUAACCAGAUUCUGCAUGAAGUAUGUUCACUUUGUCAGAUUUUGGCAGAGACAUGACCAACCUAAGCGAUGCUAUAAGUUGCUGCUUGCUUUUGUGAGAUUCCUUGACGGAUUGUUUCAUUUGGAUGUACGUCUUACAGGGUAUGAUUAAUGCAAAUGCUUAAAUUGUUAGGCUGUCAUUCAUAGAUAAAUAACAUGUAAUACUCAGAAAUUUGUUUUACUUUUAUUUGUACAUAAAAGAGAGAGAAAAAAAACAGAACUGUCAAAAGGUCACAUAUUUGUGUAGAAGCUACCCCUUUCAAUGUGCUUUUUAUUUUAUUUUAUGGUUGGUCUAUAUAGAUUGUGCAUUGUUUUCUAAUUAUUGUAAUUAUAAUCUCUAAUUCAAGAUGACAUAAUGAAAUAAGAAUGACAGGCUUCAUGGGGACAGGAGGACACUGGAAUCAAAUAUGAUUUAUUAUUUGUUGUUCUCUUUGAGUAACACUGAACUGAGAUUUUUUUAAGCCUGAUCUUUGACUUCCAGAGAUUUAUGUACGUUUUUUCCCCCGGUCCAUCUGUCACUGACUUCAUCAUUAUUUUAUAGUCUGACACCAGAAAGAUACUAUACAGUCUAGGGUUUACGGUAUAAAAAUAACCAUCAGUCUUGAGCAGAAAGUUAAUACCUCAGAGGAGUAGUGAAAAAAAGAACAGUAAAUUUAAAAUAUGAUAGAAAUACUGUUUGCUGCAGGGCUUGGGUUUAAGGGGGAAAAAUUUUAGAAAAAUAACACUUAACUCAAUCAUUUUUCCAUACUGCUGUUGUCAUUAUCAGUGCCAACACCCCAGCUUCUCUUCUUUACAAGACUGCCAGCAGACUUGCACUAAAAGAACAGCACAUUUAUAUUAUAAAUUACUGUAUUUGAUAAUGCAAGCUGAGAAAGUUCUUUUUUCUUCUGAGUAAACAUCUUC